CACGGCUCAACCUCGCCUGUCCUGUUACCAUUUCCCAACCACCUCCUUCCCCAGCUUUCCUCUUCCCCCACGCUUGCCUUGCCAGCAUCAUUUGCUCAUCACUCGCCGCGCCACAAGCCAACACCACCACACGCGCACACGCACGGCCGUUGAGAGAGAGACAGACAGGGAGGCGCACAGGAGCAGUGGAAGAAAAAAGAGGCCCAGAAACCGACGGAAAAGAUCAUCACGACCACCGCCCUCAAAAGCGGGGAGGAGGAGGCCGGCAAGGAUAGAAUAGAAGAGGGAAUCCUCCUCCGGGGCUAGGGUUUCGUUCGAUUUCGACCGCCCGCCAUGGACGCCGCCGACGACUGGGGCCACUCCUCGUCCUCGUCUUCUUCCGCCGCUGCCGCCGCUGCCGCCGUGAGGCGCCUGCAGGCGCGCUAUGAUCUGUACAUGGGGCUCAACGACGCGGACGCCGGCGGGGACGAGGCCGUGGACCCGCGCGGCGGGGCGGAGCUCUACAACUGCCCAUUCUGCGGCGAGGACUUCGACUUCGUCAGCCUCUGCUGCCACAUCGACGACGAGCACGCCGUCGAGGCCAAGAGCGGGGUAUGUCCCAUCUGUGCUACAAGGGUUGGGAUGGACUUGAUAGGACACUUGACUAUGCAGCACGGGAGUUAUUUCAAGAUGCAACGCAGGCGCAGAGUCCGAAAAAUAUCUUCAGGGUCCCAUUCUUUGCUAUCUUUGUUGAGAAAGGACUGGAGAGAUGGCAGUUUGCAGUCAUUUCUCGGUGGAUCAUCCUAUGUAUCCAAUCCUCCUGCUGCAGCACCAGACCCAUUUUUGUCAUCUUUAAUUUGUAGUUUGCCUGUGGCUGAACCAUCCAAAGAUUUACAUUCCAACUCAUCUGACAAUAACUUUUUGCUAAAUAAAUUCCCAGAUGAAAAGACUGUAGAGAGGUAUGUCACCUCAAGCUUGUUCUUUCUGCCGCCUCAUUCAGCUCCCUCUUUGCCACGAUACCAUUGUAUCUGAGCUGAACCAUCCCUGUCGGAGAAGGAUCAGAAGGAGAGGGCUCAAAGGAGCAAAUUUGUCCGUGGGCUUGUGCUCUCGACAAUAUUUGAUGAUGAUGACUUGUAAAGGAGAUCAUCUUCCUUUGAUAGCAGCUACACUGCACAAUAUAGUCAACGAGCACAAGAAAGGGAACAGUCUGCACUUUCUCAAUGUUGCUUCUGCUGCUGCUGCUGCUAGCAGACCUUCAUGGCCAAACAGAUGGUCCAUCUAGGUUCAUGUAUGUACACAUGGCAUAAUAUGCAUGUAUGUAUGCAUGUUUAUCUCCCUACGUGCCCAUAGUGUAACAAGAGAGUAGGGGAGGAGGAAGGUCGUUGUAUUCCAAAUUUCCAUGCCAAAUAAAACAGGACAAUGUCCGUGGAGUGGAAUUGUGCAUAUAAGAGUAGGGAUGUACUCGUCAUGUUUUAGGACAUUCUAUUUAAUUGUUGUAAUAAUAUGCUGUGUUUUGUAUAUGCUGUUA